AUGAGUUGGAUCGCAGCUGGACGAGGAGGCGGAGACGACAUUUCACCGUUUUUUCCUGCUAGCUCCGGCCUAUCAGUGCGCCUACGAUACCUUUUUCUGGUCGCUACCAUUUUUGGAGGGAGUUUCAUCAUUAUAUCACUAAGUAAUUACACAAAUAUCUUAUUCCUUGAAAAUGAGGUGCAGCUUGGAAUUUCUGGGUCAUCCAUGGACAUUCAUCAAAACUUGGAAACAUACAACGAUAGAUUUACAAUCAGAACUAAAGGCUGCAGUAUACCAGCUCUCCACCCCUACGAUGAAAGUAUCAAAAGAUUUGUGGAAUUUCCCCGUGGAAUGAAACAAUGCCCCAAUACCAAUAAAUCGUUACUAAAUAACAACAGAACUCAUAUUUGGGUAUUACAUGAAAAUAAGAAACAUCAUAACAUAAGCGAUGAGCGCAUUUUUUCUUGCUGCUAUAGAGCAUUUAGUAGACCGUCAGCUAUUAAAGAUAUCGAAUCAUCUGGAAUAGACAACCGAGUGCAAUAUAAAGAUUGUGUGUAUUUUGAUAAUUACAUUAAAGCAACCGAUGAAUUUGUUAGAGUUUCGUGUCAUUUUGAUCGAAUCGAGGUCUAUCAACAAUUCUUUUUAUUUGCGCCGCCUAAGAAAUUCAUGUCACAUGGUACUAAUGAAUGGGCUGGCGACAAGCAAGCAUACAACGUUCUUAUAAUGGGAAUAGAUGCAGUUUCCAGAUUGAAUUUUCACAGAACAAUGCCGAAAACAUUAAAAUUUUUUAAAAAUAGAGGAGCUGUGGAAUUACUAGGCUAUAAUAAAGUGGGUGAUAACACGUUUCCAAACCUUAUGCCAUUACUACUGGGAUACAAAGAUAGUGAACUAAAGACAACAUGUUUUCCUUAUGAACAGUCCACAUUCGAUAACUGUCCAUUUGUUUGGGAGUGGUUUAAACAAGCUGGAUACUAUACGGCUCUUGGCGAAGAUUCCUCAAGCCUAGGAAGCUUUAACUACUUUAAGAAAGGUUUUAGCCACACUCCAACUGAUUAUUACAUUCACACCUUUAUAAACGAAGCUGAAAAAAAUACUGGAAAAAUCAAAGACUUCAAUUCAUAUCUUUGCAUGAAUGAGAAAUACUUCUUUCAAGUGUUAUUGGACUACAUAGAAAAUCUUACACUAACUCUAAAAUCUUCGAAAUUAUUUGCCUUUUUUUGGGAAAUAACCAUGAGCCACGAUUAUCUUAAUUAUCCAAUGGUGAUGGAUACAAGUUACGAGUUGCUUCUUAACAAGCUUGAGGCAUCAAAGUAUUUGCAUGAAACAAUUCUUGUACUUUUAAGUGAUCACGGUAUUAGAUGGGGUAAUAUAAGGUCCACAAAACAGGGACGAUUAGAGGAAAGACUGCCCUUCGUCUACAUUUUAACACCGCAUUCGUUUCGAGAAAAAUACAGUGCGGCGUACAGUAACUUAAAGUUAAACAGCCGUCGACUUACAACACCGUUUGAUUUACAUGAGACCUUAAACGAUCUUGUCGAUUUGAAAAACAUCGAGAAUGAAAAUAUAAUAUUUCGAGGUGACAAUACAUACGCAACUAAAAGAGGCAUCAGUUUAUUUAUGCCCGUCCCGGAUAACAGAACUUGCGAAAUGGCGGGAAUUGACGAUCAUUGGUGUACAUGCCACCGGGGAAAAAAAUUGUCAACUGAUAGUAGUGACGCAUUAGAAGCUGCUGCGCAUUUAGUACGCCAGUUAAAUUUAUUGCUUCAUGUACAUAUACAAUGUGCUCAACUAUCGCUCGCCGAACUCAUGGACAUAACGGAAAUGGAAGUGGGAACGCCCAGUGAAAAAGAAAUAGGUUGGCGUGAAUUCAUGGUGACGGUGCGCACUUUACCUGGCAAUGGUAUCUUUGAGGCAACACUCCGUCAAACCGGCGCUGAUUGGAAGCUCGCCGGUACUAUUAGCAGACUUAACCUUUAUGGUAAUCAAAGCCGUUGCAUACAUAACUAUCAACUCAAGUUAUAUUGUUAUUGUAAAUAA